AUGGCGCCCACGUACUCGCCGCCAGAUUCGCCGUUAUCGUCCGCCAUGGACUCGUCAGAACCCUACGAGGAAGACCUCCACGACCACGACGACGAGGCGACGCUGCGGCCGUCCAAGCGCCAAAAGGUCGAGGCUGGCUCGACAACGUCGUCCGCCGUCGUCCCCGACGCCGAGCACGAGCCCGUGCCAGAACCCGAUCCGCUCGAGGGCAUGUCGGACGUGUCGUCGGACACGUCGGGCGACAUCCCCAGCUCGCCCGUCAACGCCCGGCUGGAGGAGGAGGACUUCCAGGACCAGGUCACCGUCUGCGACUGGGACGGCUGUCCGGCGGGCGAUCAGGGCAACAUGGACAAGCUGGUCGAGCACAUCCACAACUCGCAUAUAGAGAACCGACAGAAGAAGUACACGUGCGAGUGGCGGAGCUGCAACCGCAAGGGCCUGCCUCACGCCAGCGGCUAUGCUCUCAAGGCUCACAUGCGGAGCCACACGAGAGAGAAGCCUUUUUACUGUUACCUGCCUGAAUGCGACCGCUCCUUCACGAGGUCAGAUGCUCUUGCUAAGCACAUGCGAACCGUCCACGAAACAGAAGCGCUGCGGCCAUCGGACCCCGUGCCGAAAUCCAUGCAAUCGGGACCAACAGGCAGGACGGGAAAGCUCAAAAUCAUCAUCAAGACGCCUCAAUCGCAAUCCGCACAAGACGACGGAGACGACGCCAACGGCGAGAUCCCUCCGUCAGAGUGCUUCACGGUGCUCCCUACCGACCUGUUUACGGAGGAAGAACUGCAGAUUCCGCUUCCCAAAUUGUGGCGUAAGUGUCACUGGGAGGCGACGUGGGCCGAGGAGGUGGGAGAGGCGCUGAGGAACGAGUGCAAGCAGUGGGAGGAGCUGUACUACAAGGAGUGGCUCGACAAGGAGGUGUUGCUGUCGCAAGUCAUCCAGAGCGAGGUCGAUUGGCACGAGCGGCGGCAGGCGAUAAUCUCGGGUGCCGCCGAUGUGCAGAUCCCAAGCAGCACGGAAGAAAGAGAAGAGGAGGCUACAAAUGGCGGCGGCGGCGGCGCGGGCGACGAGCCCAUUGCCGCGGCGGCGGAGAAGGAAUAA